AUGGUGUUAUCAUCCGUUCUAAACCAAGGAUCCCGCUUGCUCCGCUCUCCAGCGGUACUGGGUGCAGCGGCGUGCAGAGGCACCUUCAGGGGGCAGCAAGCACAGCGUGUGUCUCCCUGCGCCGCUGCUCCAGCCGCGUGGACUACUGUCCGAGCUGUCGGCGUACAUCACCGCACGUUCUGGGACUGGAGCGGCACGGGCAAAGGCGGGGAUCAGGGGAGCAGCAAGGGGAGCGGCGGUGCGGCAGACGGCGGCGGUGGCGGCGGUAGCGGUGGCGGGAUUCCGAGGAACGGCAAGGGCAAACCCGGCGGCUCAAAUGGCGUGGGCGAGGCGGCCGCGGAGGAGCAGCCCCCGUCUCCCGGUAGCGGCGGCGCGGCGGCGUCUUCGCCGAUGCUAGUCGGCUCGGGCGACCAGGCGCCCCGGCCAUCGCGGUUGGUCGGUCUGCCGAUCAAGUGGCGGCCGCUGUUCCCCACCACGGCGUACACGUACACCAUCACCAACCCCGACGUCCUCACCGCGGUGGCCAAGUCGAGCCGGAGCGGGUUCCCGUACGUGGCCGUUUUCUUGCGCAAGGAGCCAGAAUGGAACCAGGGCGCCGAGGCGGACAGCGAGGCCUCGGGAGAGACGGCGGCGGCGGAACCGCCGGACGAUGCUUCCACUGCCGUGGGGGACAACAAGGAUGGCGUCGUCGAAGGGGCGGCGGAGAACGCCGUUCAGCAGACGUUCCCCGAAGUGAUCACCAGCAUCGACGAAAUCCAUGGGGUCGGCACUCUGGCUCAGGUGGCCGAUAUCCGACCGUCGGCGCUGCCCGGAGAGGUGCAGCUGCUGCUGGUCGGGCACCGGCGCCUCUCAAUCAAGGAGGUCGUCUCUCUCGGCCCGCCCCUGGAGGUGGAGGUGGACCACUGGAACACCGGCGAGUUCGAUGCAGACUCGGAAGUGAUCCGCGCCUACUGCCAAGAGAUCCUGAGCACGGUCCAAGAGGUGGUUGUCCUCAACCCUCUCCUUAGGGAGCGCAUCACGUUCUUCAGCGAGCGAAACAUCAACGUCCACAACCCCUUCAAGCUGGCCGACCUCGCGGCGACCCUCAGUUCGGGCAGCCCAGACAAGCUGCAGGCGGUGCUCACCGAGCAGAACCCGGAGCAACGCCUGCGCCUGGCGCUUGACAUCAUCUCCAAGGAAAGGGAGGUGCUCCGGCUGCAGCAGGACAUCAAGCAGCAGGUGGACCAGAAGAUGACAAAUCAGAAGAGGACCUACUUCUUGCAGGAGCAGCUCAAGUCGAUCAAGAAGGAGCUUGGGCUUGAGAAGGACGAUAAGGAGGCCAUCCUCAACAAGUUCCGGGACAGAAGGAAAAAGAUCAAGGAGAUUACGAAGGAAGCGGAGAAGGCGAUCGAGGAGGAGCUUGAGAAGCUGUCGUCCCUGGAGAAGAACAGCCCGGAGUUCAACGGCACCAAGAGCUACCUCGACUGGCUGACCCAGCUGCCGUGGGGACACGCCUCGGUGGACAACUUCGACCUCAAGAAGGCCAAGGAGGGGCUCGACGAGGACCAUUACGGGCUGGACGACAUCAAGGAGCGCAUCCUGGAGUUCAUCGCCGUCGGCAAGCUGAGGGGCGGGGUGCACGGCCGCAUCCUCUGCUUCGUGGGGCCGCCCGGCGUGGGGAAGACUUCGAUCGGGCACAGCAUCGCCAAGGCCCUCGACAGGGAGUUCUACAGGUUUAGCGUCGGCGGUCUCCGAGACGUGGCGGAAAUUAAGGGGCACAGGCGGACGUACGUUGGGUCAAUGCCGGGCAAGCUGAUUCAGUGCCUCAAGGUCACGGGCACCAACAACCCCGUGGUGCUCAUCGACGAGAUCGACAAGCUCGCCAGGGCGCAUGACGGAGACCCCGCUUCGGCCCUGCUCGAGGUCCUGGACCCUUCCCAGAACAGCGCCUUCCUGGACAACUACCUCGACGUGCCCGUAGACCUGUCCAACUGCCUCUUCAUUUGCACCGCAAACGUGCUGGACACGAUUCCGGGGCCUCUGAAGGACCGCAUGGAGGUGAUCAGGCUUUCCGGCUACGACCUACCGGAGAAGGUUGCCAUUUCGGAGCAGUACCUGAUACCCAAGGCUCGGAAAGAUCACGGCAUGGACAAGGACAACCGGCUGGGUCACGUUGAGAUCGAGCGCGAGGCGAUCGAGACUUUGGCAAGAUGGUACGCCCGCGAGGCUGGAGUUCGCAACCUCUCCAAGCUGGUCGACAAGAUUCACAGAAAACUGGCUCUGGAGAUGGUUCUCGAGGACCAGGAGGCAACAGCGGCGGCGGCGGCGGCGAGCGAGGAGGAGGAGGUUUUAACAACAUCGUCGCGAAAGGGGGGGGACGGGGAGGCGGCGGGGUUGGUGGUGGUAGAGGCGGGGUCGCCGACAGUAGAAGAGGGGGUGGUGGCGGACAACGCAGCAGCGGGAGUACCUGAGGAGGAGGGGGAGAGGGACGGGGUCGCCGGAAAGGAACCAAAGGCUUGGGUUGUGACGAAGGAGAACCUGGACAAGUACGUCGGGAAGCCGACUUUCACCUCCGACCGCCUCUACGAGGGCGCGUCGGCCCCGCCCGGCGUCGUGAUGGGCCUGGCCUGGACGGCCAUGGGCGGCUCUUCCCUCUACGUCGAGGCGAUGGCAAUCCGACCGCCGACAGAUGCGUCGGCCUUGCCGUCAUCGGGCGAGGGUGCGGGAUCGGGAUCCGGGUCGGCGGGCGCGCGUCUUCGGACCACGGGACAGCUCGGAGACGUCAUGAACGAGAGCGCACAGAUCGCCUACUCCGUAGCGCGAGAGUGUCUUGGAAAGCUGCGGCCGGCGAGCGCUUUGUUCUUCGAGAAGGCGGCGGAGGUGCACAUGCACGUGCCGGAGGGGGCGACGCCGAAGGAUGGGCCCUCGGCCGGAGUGACGAUGGUAACGGCGCUGCUGUCGCUCGCGACGGGGACGUCGGUGCGGGAGGACCUGGCGAUGACGGGAGAGCUCUCGCUAACGGGAAAGGUGCUGCCGGUGGGCGGAAUCAAGGAGAAAACCAUCGCGGCCCGGCGUGCGGGCGUGCAGUGCCUCGUCUUCCCGCAGGGUAACAAGCGAGAUUUUGAGGAGCUGCCGGAAUACCUUAGGGACGGCUUGGAGGUCCACUUUGCCAGCGAAUACGGAGACGUGUUCGGUGUCGCUUUCGGAAAGAAAGCGGAGUCGGCUAGCUCAUCGCCCGCGCCUCAAUGAUGCAACGCUGGGAGCCAAUCUGUUGGAGUUGUACUCGUUACACGAACGUUUUAUCUCUGAUGCAGUACAGAGAAGCACACAAAGGCCAACCCGGUUUUAGUUUUAUUGUUGACGCCGACCUCUUUUCCAUUUCGCACAGGAGUUGGUAUAGGAAUUGCAUCGGGUGUUUUGCUUGGCCUUUACCAAUACUCCGGAGUAAGUGAAGAGUGAUGUGUCGACCAAUCCGUGCGGUGAAAGCAAGAAAUACGUUUGAAUGG